AUGUCGACGGGAGAAAGUUUUGAGUCUCGGUUUGAAAAAAUCGACGUGACUUUAAAGGACCCCAAAUCCGAAGUGAACGUGGACUGUUUGCUGGAUGGAUUAGAUGCUUUGGUAUAUGACUUGGAUUUUCCUGCCUUAAGAAAAAACAAAAAUAUUGAUAACUUCUUAAACAGGUAUAAGGACACGGUAAAUAAAAUGAGAGAUCUGCGCAUGAAAGCUGAAGAUUAUGAGGUGGUGAAGGUGAUCGGUAGAGGGGCGUUUGGGGAGGUGCAGUUGGUAAGGCAUAAAUCCUCAAGGAGAGUGUAUGCUAUGAAGCUUCUGAGUAAAUUUGAGAUGAUAAAAAGAUCAGAUUCUGCAUUCUUCUGGGAAGAGAGGGAUAUUAUGGCUUUUGCUAAUAGUCCUUGGGUUGUUCAGUUAUUUUAUGCAUUCCAAGAUGACCGUUACCUUUACAUGGUGAUGGAAUACAUGCCUGGUGGAGACCUUGUGAACUUAAUGAGCAACUAUGAUGUUCCAGAGAAAUGGGCAAGAUUUUAUACUGCUGAAGUUGUACUUGCAUUGGAUGCAAUUCACUCAAUGGGUUUUAUACACAGAGAUGUGAAGCCUGAUAAUAUGCUGCUAGAUAAAGCUGGUCAUUUAAAACUAGCAGAUUUUGGUACUUGUAUGAAGAUGAACAAGGAAGGUAUGGUACGAUGUGACACGGCUGUGGGAACACCAGACUAUAUCUCUCCUGAAGUGUUGAAGUCCCAGGGUGGUGAUGGUUACUAUGGGCGAGAAUGCGACUGGUGGUCAGUUGGAGUCUUUUUGUAUGAGAUGCUUGUAGGUGAUACACCUUUUUAUGCAGAUUCUUUGGUUGGAACAUACAGUAAGAUUAUGAACCAUAAGAAUUCCCUUACUUUCCCUGAUGACAAUGAGAUUUCUAAAGAGGCAAAAAACCUUAUUUGUGCCUUUUUAACUGAUAGGUAAGAUUUAAACUUUACUCAAAAUGGCGUAGAAGAAAUUAAACGGCACCUUUUCUUCAAAAAUGAUCAAUGGGCUUGGGAAACUCUCAGAGACACUGUAGCACCAGUUGUGCCUGACUUAAGUAGUGACAUUGACACUAGUAAUUUUGAUGAUCUGGAAGAAGACAAAGGAGAGGAGGAAACAUUUCCCAUACCAAAAGCAUUUGUGGGCAACCAACUUCCUUUUGUAGGAUUUACAUAUUACAGCAACCGUCGGUAUUUAGCUGUCUCUGCAGAAAAUUCCAAUGAUAACAGAACAGGCUCCAGUGUGGAUAAAAGUGUGCUGGAAAAUAUGCAGAAGAUGAUCUAUGAAUUGGAAGAACAACUACAUAAUGAAAUGCAGCUGAAAGAUGAAAUGGAGCAAAAGUGCAGAUCUUCAAAUAUAAAGCUAGACAAGAUAAUAAAAGAACUGGAUGAAGAGGGAAAUCAAAGAAAGAACUUGGAAUCUACAGUGUCUCAGAUUGAGAAGGAAAAGAUGGUAUUGCAGCAUAAGAUAAAUGAGUACCAAAGAAAAAUUGAACAAGAGAAUGAAAAAAGACGGAAUGUGGAGAACGAAGUGUCCACACUAAAAGAUCAGAUGGAAGACUUGAAAAAAAUCAGCCAGCAUUCUCAAAUUACAAAUGAGAAGAUAACACAGUUACAAAAACAACUAGAAGAAGCAAAUGAUUUGCUGAGGACGGAAUCGGAUACAGCAGCAAGACUGAGAAAGGGUAACACAGAAAUGAGCAAGUCAUUAAGUCAGGUAGAGUCACUGAAUAGAGAACUGCAGGAAAGGUGCAGAGUUCUAGAAAGCACAAAACUGCAGGUGGAGAAAGAUUAUUACCAACUGCAAGCGGCUUUGGAGUCGGAACGAAGGGACAGAAGUCACGGAUCUGAAAUGAUUGGAGAACUACAGGUUCGGAUUACAACUUUGCAAGAAGAAGUAAAAAACAUUAAAAACAAUCUUGAAAGAGUGGAAGCAGAAAGAAAACAAGCACAAGAUAUGCUUAAUCAUUCGGAAAAGGAAAAGAAUAAUUUAGAGAUAGAUUUGAACUACAAACUCAAAUCAUUACAAGACCGGUUAGAACAGGAAGUAAAUGAACAUAAAGUGACUAAAGCUCGGUUAACUGACAAACAUCAGUCAAUAGAGGAGGCAAGAUCAGUUGCAAUGUGUGAAAUGGAAAAAAAAGUAAAGGAAGAAAGGGCAGCAAGAGAAAAGGCAGAAAAUCGAAUAGUUCAAGCUGAAAAACAGUGUUCCAUGCUGGAUUUUGACCUGAAGCAAUCUCAGCAGAAACUGGAACACCUUCUUGAGCAAAAGGAAAGACUGGAAGAUGAAGUAAGGAAUCUAACACUUCAGCUAGAACAAGAGACGAAUAAGCGAAUAAUGGCACAGAAUGAAUUAAAGGCUCAAGCUUUUGAAGCAGAUAACUUGAAGGGAUCCGAGAAGCAGCUGAAACAGGAAAUCAAUACGUUGUUGGAAGCAAAGAGAUUACUGGAAUUUGAGUUGGCACAACUUGCUAAACAGUACAGAGGAAAUGAAGGUCAAAUGCGUGAGCUUCAGGAUCAGCUUGAAGCUGAGCAGUAUUUUUCGACACUUUACAAAACUCAGGUUAAGGAACUGAAAGAGGAAAUUGAUGAAAAGAAUAAAGAAACUCAAAGGAAAAUGCAGGAAUUGCAAAACGAAAAAGAAACUCUCACCACCCAGUUGGAUUUAGCUGAAACCAAAGCUGAGUCGGAACGGUUGGCACGAGCACUCCUUGAAGAACAGUAUUUUGAGCUGAGUCAGGAGAGCAAAAAAGCAGCAUCAAGACACAGGCAAGAAAUAACUGAUAAGGACAGCAUCAUAAGAAGGCUGGAAGAAACUAAUAACACAUUAACCAAAGAUGUUGAUUUAAUAACAAAGGAAAAUUCAGAGAUCAGUGAAAAAAUUAAGAAACAGGAGGAAGAAUACAAAAUAAAAAAUGAGGAGGAAAUCAAUAAUAUUAGAAUGCAUUAUGAGAAGAGCAUUAACACUGAAAGAACUCUGAAGACACAGGCUGUCAACAAAUUGGCUGAGAUAAUGAAUCGGAAAGAUUUUAAAAUAGACAGAAAGAAAGCUAACAUGCAAGAUUUGAGGAAGAAAGAGAAGGAAAACCGAAAGCUCCAGUUAGAGCUUAAUCAAGAAAAAGAGAAAUUCAAUCAGAUGGUAGUGAAAUACCAAAAGGAACUCAACGAAAUGCAAGCGCAACUAGCAGAAGAAUCUACAUACAGGAACGAACUCCAGAUGCAGCUGGAUAGUAAAGAGAGUGACAUAGAACAACUACGAAGGAAAAUUUUGGACCUUCAGCAAGGAAUGGAUUCUACCAGUGUUGCUAGUCUCCAGCCAGAUGAAACGGAUGGAAAUCUUUCAGAAUCAAGACUUGAAGGUUGGCUUUCAAUACCAAACAAAGGAAAUAUAAAGCGGCAUGGCUGGAAGAAACAGUAUGUUGUGGUGAGCAGUAAAAAGAUACUGUUUUACAAUGAUGAAAAGGACAAGGACCAGUCUAAUCCAUCCAUGGUACUAGAUAUAGAUAAGCUGUUCCACGUCCGGCCUGUAACUCAAGGAGAUGUAUAUAGAGCUGAAACUGAAGAAAUUCCUAAAAUAUUCCAGAUUCUCUAUGCUAAUGAGGGGGAAUGCAGGAAGGAUUUGGAGGUAGAACCAGUACAGCCAGCAGAGAAGACAAAUUUUCUAAAUCAUAAAGGCCAUGAAUUUAUUCCAACAUUAUACCACUUUCCAGCCAACUGUGAGGCCUGUGCCAAACCUCUUUGGCAUGUGUUUAAACCCCCUGCUGCCCUAGAAUGUCGAAGAUGCCAUGUGAAGUGCCAUAGAGACCACUUGGAUAAAAAGGAGGAAUUAAUUGCACCAUGCAAAGUGAGUUAUGAUGUAACUUCAGCAAGAGAUAUGUUGUUAUUGGCAUCCUGUCAAGAUGAACAGAAGAAGUGGGUGACUCAUUUAGUAAAGAAGAUCCCUAAGACACCACCAUCUACUUUUGUUCGUGCUUCUCCUAGAACUAUGUCUACAAGAUCCUCAGCAAAUCAAUCAUUCCGAAAAGUUGUUAAAAAUACUUCUGGAAAAACUAGGCACGGAGUAUGGAGGAAGAAGCAUAUUGAGCAUAAGCCAUUUAGAGAGGCACAGUACUUGACCAGGAAGAGUGCUGGCUAACCACAUGUACAGUGCUUAACGGAACCUCAUGGGAUGCGGUCUGAGAAACAGGGCUUUUUUAACCACACAGAGCAGUGCAGACGGGCUGUUGUUCCUUUCAACAUAACUAUCACAGGCUUCAGGGUUAAGAUUGCUAUUACUGUCUCCUCCUUGCUUUGGCACAAAAGCACGCUGAGGGUGUUUAAUUGCGGGUUUGCCUAAAGGUAGAUUAGAUUAAUUAUUACUAUGUAAUGCAAGUUAAAGCAAAUAAAGCUUAGCUAGGUGUAUAAAAAAAGGUGCUGCCUUUUUGGAUUUUUAAAAAAAGCCUGUCAGUCACGAUGAAAUGCAGCCAACUUUCUUCAUAUCAGUGAAAGAAAAGGACUGUUUACCCUGUGAAGGGGAUAUUUAUGUCAAGAUGAGCAUAUGAAACGGAGUAGAGGAGAAAGGUUUCUCAAUGAGAAGGACUGCAAUUGCUUUCAAGACUCAAAAGUUGUGCUCUUGAAGACUGCAGAACUAGCUUAAAAAUGAAGCCUUAUCACUUGAACUUCAGUGCCUUCACUGCAGAGUUAACAGCCUUAAUGCUAACCACCCACUAUGGAAUGGAUCAAAGUGUUAAAUAUUUUACAUUAUGCUUUACAAAAUACUGAUUCAGCAGGUUUGUAAAGGGGGAAAACGAGUAAUUGCCUUUAAUCUAUGCAUUUUUGCCAAGCCAUACCGAAUUAUUUUACUAUUAGAGGCAUUAGAAACUAACAGUAAAAAGAACCACCAAGUUUGGAAGCGUAUUUUGGGGUACAUCAUUUCUGUAACUGUAUAAUGUAUUGCCUUACAAUUUUAAGUGAUAACGUACAUUAAAUUAACAAACAUUUAAGAAAUAUAUGCACUGUUUGAACCGUAAAUUAUUCUUAGAACACUUUUACUGGGUUUUACAUUGUCAUUUUAGUGCCUUAAUUUGAGAUAAUUAUAUUAUUGCCACAUCAAUAAAAGUAGAAAUCUAAAACUAAACAAAAGAAACCUCUAAAAA